GUUCCCCAUGGGAAUGAAUUGAAGACUGCACACAAAAGGCCGGCCAUGGCUACUUUUCGAUUUACGAGCAUUUUAGUUUGUACUGUUUUACUAGGACAAGGAUCCUUUGAGAAAACAGCCAGAGGCAGAGACCAACAAAGAGAUCACAUUCUCAAGGAGCUCCUGUCAAAAGUGAAUCAAGAAGGUGUCCGGAAUCCACAAAAGAGCUCACGGGAAACAAGCGAGGAUGUACUUCUGCACCCUUGGGUGAAUAGUAUCCUCGGGGGCCUUCAAACACUGAGGGGGCUACUUCCUGGAGAGAACCUGGCUUCAUUAAACCAGCCGAUUGACCGACGUCGUCUCUCUGGCUUCCUGCACAACAUCUCCCAGUACCUUCAAGAUAUGAGUGCGGGACUAGAGGAGGCGCCUUUGGAUUCGUAUGAUGAAGCGCUGUGGGAGAAGGUGCUCAAUGUUUUUCUCCAAUCUGAAGGGAACACUCCACAGAGCCAGUGGAACGGCCGCGUACCGCCUCGACCCAGCAUCCAAGUGAAGGACUGGUUUCUGUCCCUGAGGGGCAGCCCCCACUGGGACUGGCUGCUGGGGAUGCUGCAGAGCCUCACGACCCUCCUGCACCGCCAUAAUCACAAGUCCAUUUUGACUUUGUUGUCUCAGAACUGGAGGACGGUGAGCGCUGUGCUGGACGCUGCCUUUCAGGCGCUGAUCAGUGGGACGUACGGGCAGGCCAGCGCCGGCCUGCAGAGCUUCAUUUGCACUCUGAAAGGUCACACGGACUGCCCGUUCGGCCUCGGGUGGCUUCAGUAUGUGCAUCGCUUCAUGGAAACGCUCAACUGGAAGCCUGUGGUCAGUUUGCAUUCGGCGGAGGAAGACGCUGAACACAGCAGAGGCUGGAGUGGACGUAUCAAGCCCUUCAUCUUGCCCCCUGAAGCCACGAAGCAGGACACCUUGCUCGAAAAUACUUUCCUGGAUGACGCAAGCGCAACCGAGGAUGAUCCGGAUUCUAUCCGACACCUAUUCCUGCAAGCGCUGAUGCGCUCAAGUGGAGAAAACUUGGCACAGGAAAAUCUUGCUCUUGUGCAAAGGUUGGAUCGACUGAGGAAGGGGCUGCUGCACAGAUUGGGCAGUUCUGUUUAUGGUAACCUGAGGAAGAAAGUGUCACGAGUGACCAUGGCAAUGCUCGACGAUGUCAGCAAUGCGGUGGACGUGUCCCAGCCUAGUACGAAGGGACAAUGCUCAGUUGGCGACCUGAGGCAGUUAAUCUUAUGGGGUAUAAGACAUAAUGUGACCUGGAACACUCGAGCUUUGGGUGUCAGCACCGAGGGUCUCCCGAGUUCACUGCCAUUUCUGUCCUGCCCCGCCAAUGAUGGAAACCGUUUCCGACAAACACCUCCGCACUUAACUCCCGAAUCCUCACCGUCCCAUCAAAUCAAUCCCAAAAGCCUUCAUGAUCACCGCAAUCAGCGACAACCGGUAAGAGAGGGUGACCUACAAAAAGAGAUGGAGAACUCAAUCACUGCAGAAAUUCUGGAGGCGGCGUGCAAUGAAUCCAUUCCAGGACUGAGCGGUGUCUCCAACUUCACGGUCUUCCUCUAUUGUAAACUUUUCAAAUGGGAAAACGGGUCAGUGAGUCCUGUAAUGGAUAAAAUGGGCAUGGACCUCCAUUCCAUAUGCUCAGAUGUGGCUUGGUACUUGUCUGUGGCCGAGGAGGACUUCAUGUGGGUUUACGUGUGCAGUGAGUUCUUUGCAAACGAAUUCAACAGCACCAUCUGUGCCAACUCCUCUUUUUGGCUGCAAAGUGCACAUCAGGCUACCAGGACACACGACUAUAAUGCACUCAACCGCACAGGUCUAAAGCAUCUGUGUGCGCACCUGUCGAGCGGUACGACAGCAAGCUCGGCAAGUGAGGGAGGCUGUCUGGCCGAGUUCGGCAGCGGGUUGGUGAGUGCCCAGGCAUUCCGGCAUUGUUUCUUGCCCAACAGUUCAACUCUUAUCUCAGUUUUAUGUGGGAGAGACCCCCCAGAUUCCCAGCACGGCUUCCCAGAGGGCAGCUGGGCUGCGGCGUACUGCUUUCGACAACAAAACCUCUCUCGGGUUGAGACUUGUAAGUACAAGGAGUGGGCCGUGCAGACCUUCCUCAAUGGUACCACGCUGGAACUGUGUGGGCAGACCCACGGACUCAGAGAGCACAUGUGCCUUAACGCGUCGCUCUACCGUCAGCUGCUGAAAUCAAUGCCCCGCGUGUCGGACUUUUGCGCUGAUCUUCAAGCGGAGGUAGAAGACAGCAAGUGCUUACUUCAGAGGUUUUUUGACAUGCUCCCAGCUCAAUACGAGUUUGACACAUCCCAGCUGUGCGUGAACCCGGCCCCUUUGAUGCUGGAUGUCUUAAACAAGCUGAGUGCGUGCCAGGUAGAAGGAGAGGAGAAUCAGUGGUUUUUUGUGACACUCGGUUAUGCGUUAAGAGUGCUGGACUUCUUAGUCGGCCUCUCUUCGGGUCUGGAUGAGGGGGAGGUGGAAGCAAGGCAAGGUUUGGGUCAGGCCAUCCUCCUCUCCAGUCUCCUUGACAACGCAUCCUGGAGCACGAUACACCCGGAGGCCUCCACCAGCGUCCUUCACACUGUGGGAGUCUUCCUCCGCCGGGAGCAGAAUGCAACCCUGAAAGAGGACCUGCUGAGUUGUUUCAGUCCCGUCUUGUGGGACCUCAUUGAGCAGGACAAUAACUCAUCUGCUCUGAGGCUUCUGUUGCAGGAAUAUCUCCAAAUGCCGGAAGAGAGCAUUCGCACUCUCGUGAUGUCCGCUGAGAAAGACGCCGUCAAGCGGUUCCUCUCUCGUGUGCAUCAAAGCUGGGAUCACCUUCAUGUUGAAACCAGCCGGGCUUCCCAAAAAGAGCUCCAGGCAAUGGAAACAAUGACUGCUGCUUUUAUUCAUAAAUUCCCCCGAGUGACCCCAGAACUCUUUGUGGACCUGUCCCAGUUCAUCCCAUUCAUGUCUGUCUCCGACAUCAUGAGCUUCCCGGCUUCCGUCAUCGUAAAUGACAGUGUAUUGGCAGCCAUCCGUGACCACAGCUCUGAGAUGAAGUUGCCGCAGAAAAAGGCGUUUGUGAAAAGUCUCCUGCAGUCAAGUGUGGUGGGUGACGUCCCCACCUGGCCACCGUACUUCCUCAUCUCCAUCCUCCCGCUACUGCCUUACCUUCCUGUCAGUCAUUUUCAGCAACUGACUUCACAACAGCUCACCCCCCUUGUGGAGUCGCUCGGCAAUAGCAGCCUGGACAGUGUGAGAGGACGCCAUGUUGUUCGAACUAUUUUCACCAAGAGUAACAAUGUCACCGUUGAUAACAUAUCGAGGCUCGGUGUCCUUGCGUGUUACUUGGAUCCACUCGACCUGCGUUCAUUUCUUCUGGACUCAGCUCUGUCGUCCAUGCUUCAGAGGCAGUUGGUUUGGUGUGCAUCCAAGGGAUUCAUUAGUCCUAGUGGCAGGCUGUCAUCCUGGUUGAUCCCAGCAUUGCGGACGUUGGAUGCCAGCAGCAUGGCUCCCGCAGAGCUAACUGGCCUCGGCGCGCUCCUCCCGCAGUUAGGAUCAUCCUUCUUACGAUCAAUUCCUUCCCAGCAGCUCCUGGAGCUCCUGUCCCAACCAGGAAUUGGCGGCUUUUCUCCAGCGCAGGCUUUUCAAAUGUUGUCCAGGAUUUCAAAAGACACCCACUUCACGGUGGAAAAACUGUGCAGGCUGAAGCCAUUACACUCCGGCCUCUCCCCCGCUGCGCUGAGCAACCUCCACUGGUCUGAGAUGAAUCAAACUGCCCACUGCCGGUGUUGGAGAAGCAUGCUGACAGAGUUGAAGCCUGGCCAUAAAGCGAUGCUAUACAAUGCAAUGCAGGAGGCUUUACACAGAGACUCGCUCAACGUCACUCAUCAAGUCAACUGUCUCCUGCCAUUAAUCCCGCUCAGAAAGCUUACCGAGGCCCUGAAGAGCGAAGGCCUCCCGAGAGACGUGAGCUCGUACCGACGCAUCCGCUGGUCACCGCAGCAGGCUCAGCUCUUGUUUAAGUGGAUGCACGACUCUAAAAACAUUACCAGCAAGAUGGUCCGAGACCUCGGCCAGGUUGCGGUUGGAAUGACAUGUGACUUUUUGAGGCUUUGGAGCAAUGAGAGUGAUUUUGUAGAGUUGCUUCACUUUGUCACCACGUUACCAGGAAACCUGAGACCUGCUCUGCGGAAAUGUAUCAUACAGGAAGUCAGAAAACAUCCUCACCUUGACGUCAGUGGUUUAAGCCCUCGCUUUUCUGCAACAUUACCAGUGACACUGUUGGACGGCCUUUCCAACACAUCGCUCAAGGCUAUUUUGGAUCAUGUUCAGGCACAUUUUCCUGAUUUUCUCCAACUACCGCAUUACAAGCAGACAAGCAUGGCCAUGAAGGCUCUAACUGAAGUGGGUUCCUCUGCCCAUAAUGUGGGUGAGAUUGAUGGCCCCACUCUGGACUUCCUGGGCCCUCUUCUUCCUUUCCUGGAUAGAGACAGUUUGGCUCUGGUGGACAGAGGUGCUCUGGCUUUGCGGCUGGAGGAGAUGCAGAGCUUCUGUCUUCCCGAAGAAGCCCUGAGAGACAUCAGCAGCCUACUCACACAGAAAGAUUUCAUGGGGGAGCCGUCCAAGUGGAAAUCUGGAGGUGUUGAACAUUUGGGAAGGUUGAUAUUCUCCCUGUCAACAAAAGAGAUUAACUCCAUCCCCCUGAAAGUGUUGAAUAAAGACACAGUGGAACAGAUUCUUCUGGGUCAAAAGCGCUGGGAGGGCAGUCCGGUGGGUGUGGUCUGUUUGAAGUGGCGCAUGGACCAACAUCAUCAAAGAGAGAAGACACAGAGCUUAACUCGAGGGAUUGUAAAAGUCCAAGGCACCGGCAAAAAAAUCCCCAGCUGUGCAGACAUCAGAGGAACUCUCCCGUCCGCAUGGACAUCAGCUCAGUUGAGCCGCAUGUCACAAGUCGACCUGGAAGAGUGCGUGGAAGUCUUCAGCCGGGAUACUUCGCUGAGCUCUGAGCAGCGCCGGGCACUCUGGGUCAGACUGAGGCAGGUCAGCAUUCAGUCCAGUGAGUACCUCAGGACAGAUGAGGUUCUGGCUCUUGGAUCUCUGGUGACUGAAAUGACAGUCAGAGAACUGAAUGACGCCUCUUUGAACGAUCCGGCUGUUUUGGCCCAUCUCGGGACACUGUCACCGUGGAGCACGAAGAAGAUGAGAGCGGUCGUUUCCGGGGUGAUGCGCAAGAGCAACGUGAAAAUGGAGCAGUUAUCUGCCGUCGAUUUGGCGACAUUCGGCCAUCUGAUCUGUGGUCUGUAUCCCUCAGAGAUGAAAAGAAUGAGCCCCUUCAACCUCAGCAUGGCGGUCCGAUUCCUGCGGGAAAUGUCCUUGCCGUGCACGGAACAGCAGAUGGAGGCUUUGACAAGUCGUUUGUCCGGACCCGAGGCCUUUGGUCCAGUCAGUGCUUGGGGACCUGAAGUUUUCACGGAAAUUGGGACACUGGCAGCGGGGCUGGAAGACAUUGUUUUGUCAGCUCUGACACGAGAACAAGUGGAAGGAAUCACCAGUGAAGCAAUCAGCCUGCUGCCACCUAAAAAGAUGGCAGUGGUGUUCGGUGCCGUUCGGUUGUCCUGGCUGAGUGCUGAGCAAGCCUGGGCCAUCACUGAGGAGCAGUGGACCGAGCUGGACAAUGAGCAGAAACACGCCAUCAGACUUGCUCGCUACGAAGGAGAUUUACUGCCAGAGCUGAGAGGGAGAAACUCGGCAGUCACAGCCCAGAACACAGAUUGCUUCGCUUUAAGCUUUGUGGCAGCAGGUCUCUGGUUAUGGCAUCUCACUUAAAAUGCUUCAUCUUUUUUAAUUAGCAUUUGACUUCCCCUGUCAUCCACCCAUUUGUACAUAAA